UUCUUAAUAUUUUUUGAUACUUUCAUUUUAUGACUCUCAUUUAUUCAUUGUGUCUGAAAACUAAAACUAACGUGUCGUCCUAAAAAAUGAGAAAUUUAUAAAAAUCAUUGGAAGGUCUUAGUGCUUGCACGCGGGCCCAUUACUCAUUGAUCCACAUAGCAAGAUCAACUUUGACUUAAUGGACUGGACUCAGAUAUUGUAGCUUAAAAAAAAUGACGGGCUCAGAAUCUGUACAUAUAGAUCCUUUCGCAUCUAACUGUUCCAACCAGCCCAAUAUUAUUUAUUCUUUUGCUCUCGCUCCGAAGUUAGAGUUUUCUCCGUCCCGAGUCUGUGGUGCUGAACUUCUUCGACUUUUGCAAUGGCCAGUUUCUCAAGCAUGUCGCUAUCGUCUUCUUCACUCUUGUCUCGCUCGCCUCCUAUUCGGUACCCUUGUUCUGUAAGCCAAGGAAGGAUCUGUUUCUUCAACAAGAUUUCUCAUCCAAGGUUGCUUGUGCUUUCUUUAAAGUGCUCUAAGAAUUCAGAAUCUGGUUCAGAAACGUCUGUUUCUAAGCCUUUGUCUGCCGAUGAUUUCACUAACAAACUGGGCGCGGCGAUUGGGGGAAUCGGCUUUCUGGAAACUGCGUAUUUGACUUACCUCAAGCUCACAAAUUCCGAAGCAUUUUGCCCUCUUGGCGGUGGCACCUGCUCCGACGUACUCAACAGUGAUUAUGCGCUUCUUUUCGGUGUCCCUCUUCCUUUGAUUGGAAUGGCUGCAUAUGGCUUGGUUGCGGCUAUAAAUCUACAGUUGUCUGGAGAGGAGUGGCCUUUGGGAAUAAAAAAAUCUGAUGCUCAGUUAGUAUUGCUUGGAUGCACUACGUCCAUGGCGGCUGCCAGUGCGUAUUUCUUGUACAUUCUGAGCACCAAAUUCUCCGGGUCAUUUUGCUCGUACUGUUUACUUUCUGCUCUGCUAUCUUUCAGCUUAUUCUUUAUCACUGUGAAGGAUCUUGGAUGGCAUGAGAUGCAAAAGGCCAUGGGUCUUCAAUUAUUAGUAGCUAGCUUAGUAAUGAUCACGCUGAGCACCUCAUUCACGGGCUCUAAGUCUAUCUCUUCAAGCUUGGCAGAAGUUGAACUCCCAUAUUAUUCACCUGAGAUUACAGCUCCAUCGAGUCCUUUUGCUUUAUCUCUAGCAAGGCAUUUGCACUCCAUUGGAGCUAAAAUGUAUGGAGCGUUUUGGUGUUCCCAUUGUUUAGAACAAAAAGAGAUGUUUGGACGUGAGGCAGCAAAACUGUUAGAUUACGUGGAAUGCUUUCCUGAAGGUUAUAGAACAGGAACUAAAAUGAUCAAAGCAUGCAAAGAUGUGAAGAUUGAAGGUUUCCCCACGUGGAUUAUUAAUGGUCAGGUUGUGAGUGGGGAGCUGGAGUUACCAGAGCUUGCUCUGGCGUCCGGUUUUAAUGAAUCUGUCCAACCUAGUUAAGUUUUUACAGACUCGGCAACAAAAUAAUAUGCAAAGCGUGUUUACAUAGAUCAGUGGUAUGUAAACACAUGUUCACUCUUGCUGUGGCUAAGCACAUGUUCUCUCUUGCGACACUCCAUCUGUCCUUGCUUGGUACCAAGGAAAUUAAAGGAUUUGAAGUCGCCAGGGUAACAUAAACUUCUUGCCCACCUCAUGUAUCUGGUUGAGUAGGUCACAAGCAAAGGCAAAGAUUGAAAUCGAAGACUAGAGUGUAAAACCAAAGGAUACAAUGAAAUCUGAAGCUUUCAAAUAUAUUCGGACACCCCAGGCUUGGAAGUCAAGCGCCCAUUUAUUUGCCAAUCACUAAAUAGAUUUUUGGUGUAACGUAAAAUUUAUAAUAAAAUGUGUCUCUUUAUAUAAUAUAAAAUUUACAGGGAUCUUAUUAUUCAUGAUU